AUGGAGGACGUCGGGGCCCCAGUAGCUGUGCUGCACGUGCCGUCGGUCCAUUUGGGCCCGAGGUACUGGAGGUUGAGGUGCGAGAAACACCUGAGGCCCCCAGCUGGGGGUGUUUUGCUGUCUCAGACACCCAGAAUUGACGUGAAGCUGCUGCUCCCUGUCCCUGUCCCAUCCCUGCUCUCACCUCCCCGUCUGCUGCUCCUGGGGACCGGGCGGAUCUCCCGUCAAAUGCCAGCCGGCGUCGGUGCCCCGAUGGGGCGGCCCGGCAUAGGGGAAGGUCCCCAUAGGCUGGAGAGUGACACCCCCCACCCCAUCCUGCAUCACCUGCACACUAAUCUGCACUGGAUCAGCCGCUCAAGCGAAAAGCGCUCCGUCCACAGCGGCUCCAUCCCGCCGGAUGGUUACCGCGGCAACAGGCCGUGGAGGUGUCCCCAUGAAGCAGCCAUGCCGGGCGAGCGGUGUCCUGGGAGGAUGGGGCUGAGGAGGCCGGGGGAGCGGGCCGCAGGAUCACAUACGCCACCGCGUCACUUCGCGGGCGGAGAUUUGCCCGUCCUCAUAUUCUUGGCUGAGCUCAGCUCAAUCAGUCCCUGCUUGAUCUUCCCGGUUCUGAUCCCAGUGCACGGUGAGCCAGCCAUGCAAGCGACCCGGGUUUCCAGCGUGUUUGCAGACUGCAGCAUCCCGGCGGGCCUGCGGAUAGGGCCGGUGCCAGGCGCCUUCAAGCUCGGGAAGCACAUGUCGGACCGUAAGGACCAGGGCCACAAGAAGAAGAUACGUCUACUGAGAGGGGACUUCGUGGACGAAUCGGGGUGCGCGGUGGCAGACUGGAUUGGGUUAAUUCGGGCCGCAAGAAAUGUCCAGGAGCAGAACCUCGAGGCUGUCUCGGAUUUACCGGGAGGACAGAUAUUUUACCGGGUGCUGAGAGAUGUGCACCCCGGCGAGGAGCUCACCGUGUGGUACUCCAACAGUCUGGCCCAGUGGUUUGAUAUGCCCACAACUGCUACGCCAACCCAUGACGAAAAAGGCGAAGAACGUUAUAUCUGCUGGUACUGCUGGAGAAUUUUUAAAUACCCCAACACACUUAAAGCACACGUUCACUUCCACUGCGCAGUGAGCAACGGGCGGGGCUUUAUAAACAACGAGCACGGCAGGAACUCGGAGAACUACAACAAGUCCCCUAAAUCUGGGGACCUUCCCAACGCAUCGGCCUCGCCCAGCAGCAGCCAUAGCAUCGCCAGCUCAGAGGCGGCCAAGCGCAACGUGUCUUCCUCCCCGAUUGCAAACAGGGGUGCGGCAGCAAAGAAAACGAGCGUGGAAGAGCAGGACAGGGCCCUGGAUAUGAGUGUGCCGUCGACGAGGGGCCACGGACACCUCUUCGGACUUCGCGCGGCAUCGUCGUCAAUGAACAUAGGAUUUCAUGCGGGUGUGCGCUCCGCAUUCAAGCCCGCCGGCCUGGCUAAGAUCACGUCUGCAGAGGUGUUACGAGAAGAGCCCAACGUGAAAACUAAUGGUCUGGGCUUCGGUAAACUUUUAGUAAACAAGUCCCCCCGCUCCCUUUCUGAACCUUUGUCAAGCAGCCAACCUUCCAAGUGCAUCCAUCCAAUAGACUCCACCACGCCGGUAGCACCGUGUACUAAUGCCAUGCGGGGAUUUCCGUUGCUUCCUCACUUUGAUGAGUCUUCUGCCUUCAAACACGUGGACAGCCGCCUGCACACCGGGCUCUCCCCUUCACGUUACUCACAGAUGUCCCCCGGGUUUCAUUUUGAACGGUUUUCCCUCCCCCAGUUUGACGGCACCAAGCCCUACAGCGCAGACUGUAACAUCCCCUUAAUGCCAUUCACCGUAUACAACGGAGAGCUGCUGUACAGCUCCCCGUACUAUCCGCUCAAAUUCCACUUUAGCAAUCUCCUCAAAUACCCCGAGUCCGUAUCGUACUUCGGCGCUCCGACUCUUAACCCUGACCUGAGCUCCAUCACUAACAUCGACAGGGAGAUUGCCAUGCACACGCAGCAACUGUCGGAAAUCGCUGCUGAAAAGAACAGAGGCAGGCUCGACUCCACGCCCGCCUCGACCCCCGGUCCGGGAAAACCCAAAAAGGGUCACCUCUGUCUUUACUGUGGUAAGCUGUAUUCUCGGAAAUACGGUCUGAAGAUCCACAUGAGGACUCACACAGGCUACAAACCACUGAAAUGCAAGGUCUGUUUCCGACCUUUCGGCGACCCCAGCAACCUCAACAAGCACAUCCGUCUGCACGCAGAGGGCAACACCCCGUACAGGUGUGAUUUCUGCGGGAAGGUGCUUGUUCGUCGGCGAGAUCUGGAGAGGCACGUCAAAUCCAGGCACCCCGGGCAAACGAUUAAAAAAACUGAGGACAAAGCGGAAGACAUGUUUCAGGAACAGGAACAAAAGAGUGACAACGACAGCGACGUUGAUGUGUGCUUUACUGAUGAUCAAAGCGAGCCAGAAUCAGGCAAAAAUAACGACCAUUAG